AUGAUGCAUUCGCAAGAGUCGCCGCGCUACUCGAGACCCAAUGCAUUCGACGAUCUCAGUGCCGCUCACGAUUACCCACGGACAUCAUUCCUCGAUCCCAGCACGCCAGGCUACACCGACACAGACUGGAAGGCUAUGGCUGUCCUGCAGCAGAACCAGAGUGCCUAUGCUCAGCAGCAUCCCUCUUUGAUCAGUCCUUCCGACACAUCAAUGGCGAUUCGGCAUGGUCGAGACUGCCAUGUUCACAGCUCAAGAUACGACAUCUUGGCUAUCGAAGAGGUGGACGCUUUGAAGAAAGAGAAGACACAAGUCGAUGCCCGUAUCGAGGGAACACGUCGCAAACUCGCUCUGGAGAGCAAAGUCCGCGAGGCCGCUCGCUCCUUACACCGUCUGUAUUCGCAAGAAGGCCGUCUCUCGCAAGGCCGUAGAAAGAGCUUGUUGGGAGACCGAAGACUUAGUUCGUCCAGUGUCAAGAGCAACAGUGUUGGCCAGGCCAGCGACGAACUUGCUCAAAGCGAGAAGAAGGUUGAAGAGCUGGUCCAGAUUCUGGUCGGUCUCGAGAACCGCAGACAAUACAUCGAAAGCAGGCUCUUGCGCCACACGGCUGCUGUCCUGCAGGCUGCUCAUCUCCAGCGCGAAGCCGAGUCUGCUGACUAUCUCUCGCCAGGCUCUCUGCCUCACAUUCGCGACUACGAUCAGAGUGUCUACAGCGACGUCUCCAAAGGACAGUCGGCCAUUCACAACAGCGAAUUGAACGAUGUCAACACACGGCUACAGUUUCUGAAUGGCCAGAUGCGAUCCCUCAUCUCACAGGCAAAGAAGGGUCGUUCAGGCAGCAUCGAUACUUCGCCCGAUGACAUUCCAUCCGCCUACCCAGAAGACGACGAACCCUCGAUCCGCAUCAACAACCAGCUCGAACAAUUGCAAGACGGCAUNUUUGCCCUACUCGAAGAACACAAAUACAUUGCUCAAUCACGCGAGGACAGUCUUAGUGGCUCCAAGGAAGAUCAGAGUCUUGUCGAGAAAAGGUUGGAGGGUGUCAACAAUCAGCUAUUCACCUUCCUUUCUGGCUACGAACAUAUACAGCCACCUCCACAACCCACUGGUCAAGGCACCCAAGAUCAGAUCAGCUACCUUGAGGAAAACCUUACAAAUGUCGAUCACAUGCUGCAGCACUCUUCGUCCCUCCAAGACUCUCAUCAAGCCAUUACUAGAGAAUUGGACGAGGCGCACGCCAAAGUCAACACUCAUGCUGAAAAGUCUGCACAACACGAGGCAGUUAUGCUAGGCCUUUGGGGAAUUAUGUCUUCCAAGGAAUCUGCUGCUGCCAACAGAGAUGUUGACUCUGAUGAUGAAGAGCUCAACAGAACCAUAUCUGAGCCUUUCACCACUGAAGCUUUCACAUCCAAGGUUCAACACUUGUUCUCUCGUCAUAACGACCUCGAGACUCAGACUGCUAUCCUAAAGAGACAAAUUGAGCAACAACGUGAGCUCGCCGGAAAGUCUAACAGUGAGGAUGCUGCUCGUGCCAGCGAAAUCGAGGAUCUCAAGGAGCGCGAGCAAGAGGCACUGGAAGAAAUUGAGGCACAGAGCAAGCGUGUCGAACAACUUGAGGAUCAGAUUGUUGAACUCGAGAACAAAAUUUCCGAGCAUCAAGAUGAAGCACGAAUUGCAGCCAUUGAGGCACAGCACAAGGAGAGCGACCACCAGGACCGUCUAGAGGAGUUGAACGGAUCUCUCAACCAAGCCAAGGUAGCCAGAGAGACUGCAGAGGCGAAUCUGGCUAUGAAGGCAGAAGAGAUGGACGACCUCGAGGCUGAGAUCAUACGUCUCACCACCGAGCUGGCGAUGGCAAAAGCAGAGUUGGAUGGUGCGUACGGCAGUCGAUCCGAGCGCGCCAGAGAAGUGACGUCGCACCCCGAGUUCCAGGAGCUGGAGCAGAAGUCCAAGAGCAUGUCUACAGAGCUGGAGCAGUUGAGGCGUGACAAGGGUCAAUACGAGAGUCAAAUGGCAGAAAUGCUCGGACUGCAUCAGAAUGCCGAAUCAAGAGCCAAAUCACUGGAAGGAGAGAUCAUUACGCUGCGCGAGAUCCAGGCAUCAGGCUCUCGCGAUGAUGGUCGCAUGCGUGCAUUGGAGAAGGAACUCGCCGAAAUGGCGACCGACUACCAAGAACUUACGCGUGAAACGGUCGAGAUGGAGAAGGAGCGUGAGAAGCUUGAGGGGCUGAUUGACUCGCUCCGUGACAAGAUGGACGCCCUGGAGGUACAGCUCAGCGAUGAGAAGGUCAGAUGGCUUGGUGUCAGAAGCCCUGGCGGUACACCAGAGUUGGGCGCCGUAAAGGAGACGACCAGCACAAUGGUGCUAAGAAACGAAUUUAAGAAGAUGAUGAGAGAGACGAGAGCAGAGGGAGUCAAGUUGCUGAGGGUAAGGACUAUUCCUCGGAAUGUUCAAGUAAAACAAAAGGCUAACCAAUGUAAUAGNGCGGAACAAGAACAACGCAGACAGAUCGAGUCGCAAUUGCGCAGUCUCAGAAGAGAGCGUAACGGAGGUGUUAGUCCUCGUCUAGGAAUGAAUAGCCCAGGCCUUCGCCCGAAUUGA